UUUUGGAUGUCGAUUUUGUGUGUGAACAAGCGACACACAAUUAACAAUCGCGCAAACAAUUCACUUUCGUGCUUAGUUUCCCAUUCGCUGUUUGCUGUUAAAGAUGCGAUCGAAAAAUGUGUCCAAUUUUAUAUCACAGUGUUCUGUUGCCAUCAAGUCGGGCCGUGUUGCUAUUGAUGCGAAAUUUGGAUCUCGAUCAGUAUGAAGUGAAAAAUAUCGAUUUGCAUAUGGACGAACUGAAUCCGCCCGAGUAUUUAACAACAGACGAACGACAUCAGGUGCCGGUUUAUGUUGACGGUGAUUUUGUGUUGACCGAAUCUCGGGCAAUUCUGUGUUAUUUAGCCAGUGCAUCGGGAACAUUUUAUCCGAAGGAUUUGAAAAAACGAGCACUGGUCGAUUCAAGGCUACAUUUUGAUGGGACAAAUUCAUUUACAAUUAUUCGAGAUUUCUGGCUUCCAGCUUUUCGCGGUAAAAAAAAGCUCAUGACGAACCGAUGCGAAGGAGUAAAAAUUUUGCUGGAAAAAUUGGAAUCAUUUUUAUUGAACUCAGACUGGUUUGCUGGCGAUGAUGUAACAAUUGCUGACUUCUCAUAUUUGGCAAAUGUGGCUACAAUUAAGGCAUGGGGUGUUAACCUAAAAGACUAUCCAAAUCUAUACAAUUGGCACGAGCGAUGUCGAACACUUCCCGGAUUUCUGGAAAAUCAAAAGGGAGCAAAAUUUCUAGCCAAGGAAGUGGCAAUGCUGGUUGGUGAACCACUAUGGCCCAACACUUAAUUCAAAAAUGGACUAUUUUUUUGGAGGUGUGGCUUGUGACGUUCGGGAGGGAGUCUUAAAUUUUAAGAUUGAAUAAAUUGUAGAUUUUUACU